AUGGCAACGAAGUGUUUGGCAGCCAUUGUCGCUUCAAUCUUCGUCUUGUGUACCCCGAAUGGCCACUGCAGAAGUCUGACCUUCCGCUCUCAGUCUGAUGACGACGAAAGGGACAGACCUGGGUCAUAUGACGUUUUUGAUGACGAGGUUAGGGGUCUGUCGGAGAACCAGUUGAAAACGAAAAGUUUGUGCUCCCCCACUUGUAAGUACUGCGACUGCUCUAGCAAGGGGUUAACCUCAAUCCCUUCGUACUUAUCCGAGGACGUGGUGGUACUCAACAUGUACAACAACUCCGUCUCAGAGCUGGCUAACAACAGUCUGGUGAGAUUCCCCCGUCUGGAGAAACUGUUCUUAGCCAGGAACAACCUCAGCCGCUUGCACGAGCGCUCCUUCUCUGGGUUAGUGAGUCUCCAGCAUCUGAGUCUCGUGAACAACAGAAUCGCCAUGACGGAGCAUUCCAUCCCCGUGGGCGUGUUUCUGCCGUUACAAAAGCUCACGAAACUGUCGAUGGAAAGAAACAACCAGAACUCCACUGACCCAGGCCUGGACUACCCCCAUCUCGCCCUGUCAGUUCUCGGCCAGCUGGUCAAUUUGUCAAUGGACGGACUGCGGAACAAAACAUUUGGACCUGGAUUUUCCAACAUGACAAGUCUUCGGCACUUGAGCAUAGCGGGGUUUGUCACCGGCUACUGCAAACUGGAUGUUCUGAGAGAAGACACCUUCAUUCAUCUUUCGUCCCUCCACUCUCUAAACAUGAGCGACUGCUUCAUUCAGGGUUCAGAAGUUCACCAUCUCACGUUCACGCCCCUACAGAAUCUGAAAACGCUAGAUCUGACGUUCAAUGAAGACUUUGGACUCGAAACGUUCUCCCAAGCUGUGUGCGCGCUAAAGAACUCGUCCCUCACCUGGCUACUCAUCAACAACAUCGUGUCUCGGUUCUCGCUGGCGCUCCGAAUCAACAGAAGUCACGUGGAUUGUCUCCCCACAGGCCUGCUCGCCCUGGAGGCCACCGGAAACAGUAUCGAGAUCGUGGACCCUUCCGUGUUCUCGGCUCUUCCCCAGGGACUGCAGCUGCUCAAUGUGGGUGACAACAAGUUUGUGUUCGAGCACUACCUCCAAUAUUUAUGGCAGCUGAAGAGUUUGAAGAAGCUAAUGCUCGAUGGGGGCAGCUACCUACAUAAUAUCCCGUCCAAAUAUCCUUUCUCGGCGGUACCUCAUCAACAUUCACUCCUGCAGGCGGAUCAGUAUUCACGCGAUGUUAUCCACGUCGCCCAACGGCCUAGCCAGCGUGGUGACCUAGAAUCUUCUAGAGAAUGCAUCACGUUUCGACUUCCACCUGAGCUGGAGGAGCUGGAAAUGUCCAAGGCCAGCUUAAAGUACAAUCUAUCCCCCAUCAAGUUCGACAAGCGAAAUAAACUUCACACUCUAAAACUAGACAAGAAUUACUUCCCCUCAGCCGUAGGGCCGUUCGAGGGUCUGGAGAAACUAGCUGGUCUGGACCUGUCCAGAACAAACCUUGCUUGUAUCAAAGACAGUUUCUUCCAGAACUUUCCAUUCUUGAGGCGCCUCAAUCUCGGUGAGAACCGACUAAACUCCACUCCCGACUGUCUGUUGAAAAUGUCCACCUUCAGCAAUCUGUCGCGACUGACCCAUCUCCAUCUAGACGACAACGGCUUGUACCAUAUCAGACCGGAUCUGUUCCUUGGUCUCCACAGUCUGGUCUCGCUCAAGCUCAACAACAAUCCGUUCUGGAUAUUUGAGACGAGGAUAGAUCACAUGGCACAGCUACGAGAACUGGAUCUUCAUUUGACUGCUGUGAGGAGCCUAUCCCCGGACAUGCGCAGACAGAUAGACAGCCUGAAAAACGUCAGUGUGAACAUGGCCUCCGCGCCCAUACUGUGUGAAUGCAACAACCUGAAAUUUCUGGAGUGGAUGACGUCAUCGCCUGCUUUUAAUAAGACGUUUGAAGGCUACAAAUGCGCUUUUGAUGGCACGAAAGACAGAAAUAUCACAGACGGAUUCCAGCAGAUCUUGAGGAAUCUGCAACGUGAAUGCCCGAAGCACAUCGCCAUUUUCUUCAUAAUUCUGGCCGCCAGUUUGCUCACGACACUCAUCGUGGUUGCAGUAUUACUGUAUCGAUUCCGCUGGAAGCUUAGAUUUCUCUACUACGUGGCCUAUCAGAGAUACUGGGAUCGAUGCCCUCAGGCGGAGCCGGGCGCUUUCCAGUACGAUGUGUUCCUCUCUUAUGCUUUCGAGGACGAGCAGUUUGUGUUGAACGAUCUAAACCCAGCUCUGAGUUCCCUCGGCUUGCGGGUUCUGAUCCACGGGCGAGACUUCCGCGCGGGCGAAUACAUCGCUUCUAACAUUGUGACGGCUGUCAAGACGAGCAGGCGCACGCUGGUGGUGCUCACGGCCGCUCAGGUCAAGAGCAACUGGUGUACCUAUGAAUUGCAGAUGGCGAAUGUAGAAUCGGCUUACAGUGGUCGUCCAGUGCUAGUUUUUCUAAUCAUGGAGAAGAUCCGACGCAGCCGAGUUGGCAUUGAGCUAGCAUCUCACAUCUCCACCAAUACCUACAUAGCCUUCCCGCCAACCGCCCAUCGCACCAACGACCAGCUGAUGAAAGCCUUCUAUGAUAGGCUGGCCAAUGAUCUCAGGGGCUGAUCCAGUUAGAUGGGGUUUGAUGGAGUUUGAUGGAGUUUGGCGGAGUUUAGUGGAGUUUGGAGGAGUUUGGUGGAGUUUUGAAGUGUUUGAUGGGGUUUCAUGGGUUUGGAGGCUUUUGGUGGAGAUCGGGUGAGUUGGAGGAGUUUGAUGAAAUGGGGUGGAGUUUUCGAUUGAGUUUGAUGGGGCUUGAUGAAGUUUGAUAAAGUUUGAUGGAGUUUGAAGGAGUUUGAUGGAGUUUAGUAAAGUUUGAUAAGGUUUGGAGAAGUUUGAUGGAGAUUGGGUGAAUAGGAGGAUUUUGAUGAAGUUUAGUUGAGUUUUUGAUGGAGUUUGAUUGAGUUUGAUGGAGUUUGGCUGGUUGGAAAAUGACAGAGGAGGGGUGAGUUCGGAUGAUUUUAAGUGGGUUUGAAGAAGUUUGGCGUUGUAGGAAGAGGCAGACCGAUUCUGAAGAGGUUUCUCAGAAUUUAAAGAAGUUUGAUGAUGAAAUUUGGCAUAGUCCCACGACUUUUGAUGGUGUUUGAUACAAUUGCCGUAGUGAAUGUUGAUUCACUGAAGGUUACUGAG